UGAGCGGCGUCCGGAGGGAAGAAGCAGGAAGAGAGACGGUUGCAGCCGAACAACAGAGCUUCUCUGAUGGGUGAAAGUCGGAGCAGGAGCCGCUCCGGUUGAUCCACGGAGCCAUGAGGAGAGUCACGCUGUUCGUUAACGGGAGCUCCACCAACGGGAAGGUGGUCGCCGUGUUCGGUUCCCUGGAGGACCUCCUGACCGCCGCCAGCUCCAAACUGGGAAUCAGAGCUUCCGGUGUUUAUAACGGGAACGGAGGCCUCAUAGAUGACGUAGCACUGAUCAGAGACGAUGACGUUCUUUACAUAUCAGACGGAGAUUCAUCUGAAGAUGUUCAGGACGAGCUCAUUGGUCCAGCCAGGUGUCAAACUCACACUGAUUGGUUGACGCUGAAUGUAGGCGGGCGCUGCUUCACCACCACCAGGAGCACGUUGGUCAGUAAAGAGCCUGAGAGCAUGUUGGCCCACAUGUUCAGAGAGAAAGAUGUUUGGGGGAACAAGCAGGACUCUCAGGGGGCGUAUCUGAUCGAUCGCAGCCCCGACUACUUCGAACCGAUUCUCAACUACCUGAGACACGGUCAGCUGAUCAUCAACGAGGGCAUCAAUCCUCUGGGUGUUCUGGAAGAAGCUCGGUUCUUUGGUAUUGAACAGCUGGCUGAACAGCUGGAGACGCUCAUAAAGUCGUCUCAGCCUCCUGAGGAUCAUUCACCUCUGAGCCGGAAAGAAUUCAUCAGAUUCCUGCUGGCGACGACCACCAAGUCAGAGUUACGCUGUCAGGGUCUGAACUUCACCGGAGCUGAUCUAUCUCGUCUGGAUCUUCGCUACAUCAACUUCAAGAUGGCCAACCUGAGAGGAGCUAAUCUGAGCCACGCUAACCUGAGCGGAGCUAAUCUGGAGAGAGCCGACCUGUCCAUGGCCUGUCUGGACUCGGCGAACCUUCAGGGAGUGAAGAUGUUGUGCACCAACGCUGAAGGAGCGUCACUCAGAGGAUGUAACUUUGAAGAUCCGGCUGGAAUCAAAGCAAACCUGGAAGGAGCGAACCUGAAGAACGUGGACAUGGAGGGAAGUCAGAUGACAGGAAUCAACCUGAGAGUCGCCACGCUGAAGAACGCCAAACUGAAGAACUGCAACCUGAGAGGAGCGACGCUGGCCGGAACCGACCUGGAGAACUGCGACUUGUCCGGCUGCGACCUCCAGGAAGCGAACCUCCGAGGCUCCAAUGUGAAGGGAGCCAUCUUUGAGGAGAUGCUAACUCCUCUGCACAUGUCUCAGAGCGUUCGGUGAAAGUCCGUCUUCCAUUUUACCGCUUUAAACCACAACAAUCGCUCCGAUGAACGAACACCAAAUCUUUCUUUAUGUCGCUCUGGACCCGCAGGUUUCUGAGUUUCCUUCUUUAUUCCACCAUUUUUAAACCACAUCUGUGUCUUUUGGAGGUCUGUGCAGCAGCGAUGAUGAUGCCUUCUGGGCCGAUGAAUGUAGUUUUAGAUGUUUUUUAACGUGUCGUAUGUGUUUGACGCAGGCUUGUGACAUUCAUAAGCCUUCAAACCGCUUUAAAGUUGCUUCAGAUACAUUUUUAUUAAAUGUAGCGUUUGGGGAAAUGAAUUCUUUUACAUUUUAUAGCCUUUUAGUUUCUGCAACUCAAAUACAUUUAGAAUAAAUGUAAAAGUGAAAUGAUGUUUCAUAGAAUGUGAAAUGAGUCUGGUCUGAGUUAGAACCAGUUUUACCUCCAUCCUGUUACCUCUGACAGUUAGACGUUCGUUCUGCUUGAUUUCAGCCUCAUUUGAUUCACAUUAAUGUGUCUCUGUGGUCAGAACCGGUCUGGACUCUAAACCUCCAUUAUAGAAACAAAACAGCAUUUAAAGAGGUGGACUGGUGUCCUAACACUGGCCAAAACCAGUUAAAAACCAGGUCUGAAACUAAAAUUAAAACCGUUAUAAAACCAAGCCCAAAACCAGUCUUAACCUAGUUCAAAAUCAAGUUCACAAUCAUUUGAAAUCCAGUCUUAAACCAGUCCAGAACCAAGCCCAGUACGAGUCCAAUUACAGUGUAAAACCAGGUCCAAAACAAGGUCCAAAACUAGUCCAAUUUACAGUCCAAAACCAAUUAAACUGUCCAAAUACAGGUCCUGAACUAGUCCAAAACCGAGUCCAAAUUCAGUCUAAAACCAGUUAAAAAACAGUCCAAAACAAGGUCCAAAGCUAGUCCAAUUGCAAUCUAAAACCGAGUCCACAACCAAUUAAAAACCAAUACAAAUACAGGUUCUAAACUUGUCCAAAACCAAGACCAAAACACAUUCAAAACCAGUUAAAAACCAGUCCAGUCUCAAACCAGUCCAAUUGCGGUUUAAAACCAAGUCUGUAACCAAUCCAAUUACAGUCCAAAAUCAGGUCCAAAACCAGUUCAAAACCAGACCAAAUACAGGUCCUGAAGUAGUCUAAAACCCAGUCCGAAUUCAGUCUAAAACCAGUAGAAAUCAGUGUAAAACCAAAUCCAAAACCAAGACCAAAACACGUCCAAAACAAAUCUUAAAUUAGUUCAAAACCAAAUCUAGAACUAGACCCAGAAUAAGUCUAACAAACAUCUAAAACCCAGUCCAGACCUAGGCUAUAACCAGUCCAAGACCAAUACCAAUCCAGUCUAAAACCAAGCCUAGAACCAGUCUAAAAUGAGUCCAAGAUCAGUCUUAAACUAGUCCAGAACAAAGCCAAAUACCAGUCUGAAACCAAUCAAAAAGCAAUAUACAACCAGGUCCAAAACCAGUUAAAAACCAGUCUAAAUAUUGUCUAAAACCAAAUUCUAGGCCAGUCGAAACCAGUCUUAAACCAAUCAAACAGCAAUGUACUACCAAGUCCAAAACCAGUCUAAAUACAGUCUAAAACCCAGUUUUACACUAAUCCAAAGCCAAAACCAGUCUAAAAUGAGUCUAAACCUGGUCUUAAACUAGUCCAGAACCAACUCUGAGUCCAGUCUAAACUGGUUUAUCUGAAGGUUCAAUUUAAAGUAGAGACUCAUUAAUUAACAUAAGACUGAAAUGAACCAGAAUUAACUUUUAAUAAUUAAACAUUUAAAGCAGAAACAUUUUGCACAUUGUUUCAUUGUGAACAGAAAAAGUGAAAAAAAUUAUUACAGCAGAUCAACAGGUUUAUGUUCUUCCUUUCUAACCAGACGGUGUUGUUUCCGUACCGACAGAUAAUCGUAUAUUUUAGUAAAAGUCUGAUCCUGCUGAUGAGUAAAGUUUAUAUUCAGUGAUUCUCUGCACGUUACUGUAAACUGUCUGUUUCUGCUGCAACAUCAUGUUGAAUAAAUUUUUUUUCUUA